AUGCAUCGAAGCGCCAGAUCUCUCUUCCGAAGAUCCGUCUCCCUCAAUAUUUUUGAGCUUUCAUUGAAACACUCAGCUCAAGUUCUACCCAAAGUUCUUCCUUCAAUCUCCGACCGUUGUUCCUCCCUCCAAAAACCUUACUUUUCGCCCUCCCAAAUCUCCAGUCCCUGCGCUCUCACGCUUCAUCCUACGACGCCAAAUCCUCUUCUCCUCCGUGGCUUUUGUAGCAACAAGCCAAUCGAUUACGGCAAAGAGGUAGACGAAAUCAACAUCAAGUUCGCAGAAGCUCGGGAGGAGAUCGACGCGGCUCUGGAGUCAAAGGAAACGGUCUACUUCGACGAGGAAUCUGAGUGUGCCCGCGAGGCUGUAAAUUCUGUGUUCGACAUGUUCGAGAGCUUGCUUGCGAGGUUGCCGGAGAAGGAUAAAUCGGCUCUGAAAAACUCGAUGGGGCUCAAGAUGGAGCAGCUUAAGGCUGAGCUACGUCAGCUUGAUGAUUGAUUAGUCAAGGUUUGCCUUCUUGUUCAUCCAGUCCCGGAGGAACAUGGCGGUUAGAGAGGAAUCUAGUAAUUUUCUUAUCCCGGCUGAGGAUUUUGCUUUCUGGUCGCCACUUGAUUAUUGGUGGGAUAGCCAAUCUGUGGAUUGUCAGUGAAUGCAAUGAAAAAGUUAAUGAAUGAAAAAUGAGGUUUGGUUCCAUACUGAAAUAUUACAACUUUAAUCAUCUGCCAUUUUUCUUUCUUUGUAUGAUUACAAGCUCUGAUUUUCAGCCAA